GUGAGGCGUUGAAGCUGGAACAGCGCGGCGGGUGGGGCGCUGCGACUCUCUCUGAAGGUGCCGGGUACCGAGUCUAGUCUUCCCACAGCGAGGAGCAGGAGCCGCGGCGGUUCGCCCACCCCACCCCCCAACCUCCCGGGCUUUAGCCAGACUCAGGUCCCUGGUUAUAAACCACCAUGGCUCAGAGAGAUGCUGACAGAUACCUCUAUGUGGAUCGAAACUUCAUCAACAACCCUCUUGCUCAGGCUGAUUGGGCCGCCAAGAAGCUGGUGUGGGUCCCAUCAGAGAAAAAUGGUUUUGAGCCUGCUAGCUUGAAGGAAGAAGUAGGAGAUGAAGCCAUUGUGGAGCUUGCAGAGAAUGGGAAGAAAGUGAGAGUCAACAAAGAUGAUAUUCAAAAGAUGAACCCACCCAAGUUCUCAAAAGUGGAAGAUAUGGCUGAACUGACCUGCCUGAAUGAGGCCUCAGUGUUGCACAAUCUGAAGGAGCGAUACUACUCAGGGCUUAUCUACACCUACUCAGGCCUGUUCUGUGUUGUCAUAAAUCCCUACAAGAACCUGCCUAUCUACUCGGAAGAAAUUGUGGAUAUGUACAAAGGCAAAAAGAGACAUGAGAUGCCCCCUCACAUAUACGCUAUUACAGACACUGCCUACAGGAGUAUGAUGCAAGAUCGAGAGGAUCAGGCCAUUCUUUGCACAGGUGAAUCUGGAGCUGGUAAGACAGAAAACACCAAGAAGGUCAUUCAGUACCUGGCUCAUGUUGCUUCAUCACACAAGAGCAAGAAAGAUCAAGGGGAGCUGGAGAGGCAGCUACUGCAGGCCAACCCCAUCUUGGAGGCCUUUGGAAAUGCCAAAACAGUUAAGAAUGACAACUCUUCAAGAUUUGGAAAGUUCAUCAGAAUCAACUUUGAUGUAAAUGGCUACAUUGUAGGAGCCAAUAUUGAGACCUAUCUGUUGGAGAAAUCGAGAGCAAUACGUCAGGCCAAAGAAGAACGGACAUUCCACAUCUUCUAUUACUUGCUGACCGGGGCAGGGGAACACCUGAAGAAUGACUUGCUGUUGGAGCCCUACAACAAAUACCGCUUCCUUUCUAAUGGGCAUGUUACAAUCCCGGGUCAGCAGGACAAGGACAUGUUUCAAGAGACGAUGGAGGCAAUGAGGAUCAUGGGCAUUCCAGAUGAUGAGCAGAUUGGUCUGCUGAAGGUGAUUUCGGGUGUUCUUCAGCUUGGCAAUAUUGUCUUCAAGAAGGAGCGCAAUACAGACCAAGCCUCCAUGCCAGACAAUACAGCUGCUCAGAAAGUUUCCCACCUUCUGGGUAUCAAUGUGACAGACUUCAGCAGAGGAAUUCUCACCCCUCGCAUCAAAGUGGGGCGAGACUAUGUCCAAAAGGCUCAGACUAAAGAGCAGGCUGACUUUGCCAUUGAGGCUCUGGCUAAAGCCACUUAUGAGCGCAUGUUUCGUUGGCUGGUGAUGCGUAUCAACAAGGCACUGGAUAAGACAAAGAGACAAGGAGCAUCUUUCAUAGGAAUCCUUGACAUUGCUGGCUUUGAAAUCUUUGAGCUGAACUCAUUUGAACAACUGUGCAUUAACUACACGAAUGAGAAGCUGCAACAGCUCUUCAAUCACACCAUGUUCAUCCUGGAGCAAGAAGAAUACCAGCGUGAGGGCAUAGAAUGGAACUUCAUUGACUUUGGCCUGGAUCUGCAGCCCUGCAUUGAUCUUAUAGAAAAACCGGCUGGACCUCCUGGCAUCUUGGCCCUACUGGAUGAAGAAUGCUGGUUCCCAAAAGCUACAGAUAAAAGCUUUGUGGAAAAGGUGGUGCAGGAGCAAGGCACUCAUCCCAAGUUUCAGAAGCCAAAGCAGCUAAAAGACAAAGCUGAUUUCUGCAUUAUGCACUAUGCUGGCAAGGUUGACUACAAAGCUGAUGAGUGGCUGAUGAAGAACAUGGAUCCCCUUAAUGACAACAUUGCUACGCUGCUACACCAGUCCUCUGAUAAAUUUGUUUCUGAACUGUGGAAAGAUGUUGAUCGCAUAGUUGGGCUGGAUCAGGUGGCUGGCAUGUCAGACACAGCAUUGCCUGGGGCCUUUAAGACCAGGAAGGGCAUGUUCCGAACAGUAGGGCAGCUGUACAAGGAGCAACUGGCCAAGCUGAUGGCUACCCUGAGGAACACCAACCCCAACUUUGUCCGUUGCAUCAUCCCCAACCAUGAGAAGAAGGCUGGAAAACUGGAUCCACAUCUAGUUCUGGAUCAACUUCGUUGCAAUGGAGUACUGGAGGGAAUCCGUAUCUGCAGGCAAGGCUUUCCCAACAGAGUGGUCUUCCAGGAGUUCAGACAAAGAUAUGAGAUCCUGACUCCAAAUUCCAUUCCCAAAGGGUUCAUGGAUGGAAAGCAAGCCUGUGUUCUGAUGAUCAAAGCCUUGGAGCUGGAUCCAAACCUUUACCGGAUUGGACAGAGCAAAGUGUUUUUCCGAGCAGGUGUCCUUGCCCACCUUGAAGAAGAAAGAGACUUGAAAAUCACAGAUGUCAUUAUUGGGUUCCAAGCGUGUUGUAGAGGCUACUUGGCUAGAAAGGCUUUUGCCAAGCGCCAGCAGCAACUAACAGCAAUGAAAGUACUCCAGAGGAAUUGUGCUGCCUACUUGAAGCUUCGCAACUGGCAAUGGUGGAGGUUGUUUACAAAGGUGAAACCUUUGCUGCAAGUGAGCAGGCAGGAGGAGGAGAUGCUGGCCAAAGAAGAAGAGUUGGUCAAAGUCAAGGAAAGGCAGCUGGCUGCAGAAAACAGAGUGUCUGAAAUGGAAAAUCUCCAGUCACAGCUCAUGUCAGAGAAGAUGCAGCUGCAAGAGCAGUUGCAAGCAGAAAUUGAACUCUGUGCUGAGGCUGAAGAGAUCAGAGCUCGCCUGCAAACAAAGAAACAGGAGCUGGAGGAGAUCUGUCAUGACUUGGAGGCAAGAGUGGAGGAAGAGGAGGAGCGGUGCCAGCACCUGCAAAUUGAGAAAAAGAAAAUGCAGCAGAACAUUCAGGAACUUGAAGAGCAAUUGGAGGAAGAGGAAAGUGCCAGACAAAAGUUACAGCUGGAGAAAGUGACCACUGAAGCAAAACUGAAGAAGCUGGAGGAAGAUCUGAUAGUUUUUGAAGAUCAGAACUGCAAACUGGCCAAGGAAAAGAAAUUACUGGAAGAAAGGAUUGCAGAAUUCACCAGUAACUUAACUGAGGAAGAGGAGAAGUCAAAGAGUUUAGCUAAACUGAAGAACAAGCACGAGACUAUGAUUACAGAGCUGGAAGAACGGUUGCGCCGAGAAGAAAAGCAACGGCAAGAGUUGGAGAAGACCCGUAGGAAGCUAGAGGGAGACUCUACAGAUCUUCAUGACCAAAUAGCUGAACUUCAGGCUCAAAUAGCAGAGCUCAAAAUGCAGCUGGCAAAAAAAGAGGAAGAGCUGCAAGCAGCUUUAGCUAGGGUGGAAGAGGAGGCUGCUCAGAAGAACAUGGCUCUGAAGAAGAUCCGUGAACUGGAGUCUCAGAUAACAGAGUUGCAGGAAGACCUGGAGUCUGAGCGGGCUGCCAGGAAUAAAGCAGAGAAACAGAAGCGGGAUCUUGGUGAGGAGCUUGAGGCUCUCAAGACAGAACUAGAGGACACACUGGACUCAACUGCAGCACAGCAGGAACUCAGGUCAAAACGUGAACAAGAAGUGACUAUUCUAAAGAAGACGCUUGAUGAUGAGGCAAAGACCCAUGAGGCACAGAUCCAGGAGAUGAGGCAGAAACACGCCCAGGCUGUGGAAGAACUGGCAGAGCAGUUGGAGCAGACUAAACGGGUGAAAGUGAACCUUGAAAAGGCAAAGCAGGCCCUAGAGAGUGAACGUGCUGAGCUGUCCAAUGAGGUGAAAGUUCUUCUUCAAGCCAAAGGAGACUCUGAGCACAAGAGGAAGAGGGGUGAAACUCAACUUCAAGAGCUACAAGUGAAAUUCACGGAGGGGGAGAGAGUACGAACUGAGCUGGCCGAGAGAGUUAACAAAUUGCAGGUUGAGUUGGAAAAUGUCACUGGUCUUCUGAAUCAAUCUGACAGCAAGUCAAUUAAACUGGCCAAAGAUUUCUCUACCCUGGAGUCUCAGCUACAGGACACACAGGAGUUACUUCAGGAGGAAACUCGCCAGAAGCUGAGCCUCAGUACCAAGCUGAAACAGAUGGAAGAUGAGAAGAACAGCUUCAAAGAGCAACUAGAGGAAGAAGAGGAAGCAAAGAACAACUUGGGAAAACAGAUUUCUGUCCUUCAGGUUCAGAUUGCAGAAAUGAAGAAGAAAAUGGAUGAUAGUGUGGUUUGUCUGGAGUCAGUGGAAGAAGCAAAGAAGAAGCUUCUGAAAGAUUUGGAGGCCAUGAGCCAACGUUAUGAGGAAAAGGCAGCUGCCUAUGACAAGCUGGAAAAGACAAAGACCAGGCUUCAACAGGAGCUGGAUGAUAUUUCUGUGGAUUUGGAUCAUCAGCGGCAGAUAGUCUCCAACUUGGAGAAAAAACAGAAGAAGUUUGAUCAGCUCCUGGCAGAAGAGAAAACCAUCUCUGCAAAAUAUGCUGAAGAGCGGGAUCGUGCUGAGGCAGAAGCUCGUGAGAAGGAGACGAAAGCUCUCUCCUUGGCCAGAGCACUUGAGGAAGCAAUUGAACAGAAAGCAGAGCUAGAGCGAGUCAAUAAGCAGUUCCGGACAGAGAUGGAGGAUCUGAUGAGUUCAAAGGAUGAUGUUGGCAAGAGUGUCCAUGAGUUGGAAAAGUCCAAACGAGCUCUGGAGCAGCAGGUGGAGGAGAUGAAGACUCAACUGGAAGAGCUGGAGGAUGAACUACAGGCCACAGAAGAUGCCAAGCUGCGCCUGGAAGUGAACCAGCAAGCCAUGAAGGCACAGUUUGAUCGGGAUCUCCAGGCCCGUGAUGAGCAGAAUGAAGAAAAGAGAAAGCAGCUUACAAGACAGGUGCGAGAGAUGGAAGCGGAGCUGGAAGAUGAACGAAAGCAGCGCUCCAUUGCUGUGGCUGCCAGAAAGAAACUGGAAAUGGAUCUAAAAGAUCUGGAGGCCCACAUUGACUCUGCCAACAAAAAUCGUGAUGAAGCCAUCAAACAGCUCAGGAAGUUGCAGGCCCAAAUGAAGGACUACGUGCGGGAGCUGGAUGACACACGUGCUUCUAGAGAAGAAAUUUUGGUACAAGCAAAAGAGAACGAAAAGAAAUUGAAGAGCAUGGAAGCCGAGAUGAUUCAAAUGCAGGAGGAACUUGCAGCUGCCGAGCGUGCCAAGCGCCAGGCUCAGCAAGAACGGGAUGAGCUGGCUGAUGAGAUUGCCAAUAGUAGUGGCAAAGGAGCUCUGGCCUUGGAAGAAAAGCGACGCUUGGAGGCUCGAAUAGCUCAGCUGGAGGAAGAACUAGAAGAAGAGCAGAGCAAUACAGAGUUGGUGAAUGACCGCCUUAAGAAAGCAAAUCUUCAGAUUGACCAGAUAAACACAGACCUGAAUGCAGAGCGUAGUAAUGCCCAGAAGAAUGAAAAUGCUCGCCAGCAGUUUGAGCGUCAGAACAAGGAACUUAAAGCCAAGCUUCAGGAAAUGGAGAGUGCUGUGAAGUCAAAAUACAAGUCUUCUAUUACUGCGCUGGAAGCAAAGAUAGCACAACUGGAAGAACAGCUGGAUGCUGAGACAAAGGAGCGCCAGGCUGCCAGCAAGCAGGUGCGACGUACUGAGAAAAAGCUGAAGGAUGUUGUCCUGCAAGUGGAGGAUGAGAGGCGUAAUGCUGAGCAGUACAAGGAUCAGGCAGACAAGGUGAAUGUCCGUUUGAAGCAACUUAAACGCCAGCUGGAAGAGGCAGAAGAGGAGGCACAGCGAGCCAAUGCAGCUCGUAGAAAGCUGCAGCGGGAACUAGAAGAUGUCACUGAAACGGCCGAUGCCAUGAACCGUGAGGUCAGCUCUCUGAAGAGCAAACUCAGGCGGGGAGACAUGCCAUUUGUGGUGACACGCCGGAUUGGCAGGAAGGGUGCAGGUGAAGUAUCUGAUGAGGAAGUGGAUGGCAAGGCUGAUGUUGGAGAUGCCAAAGCUACUGAAUAGAGCUGCCUUGUGGAUCCGGGUCACACAUGAUGGAGUGACCCACCCUCCCUUUGUCCAGUGGACUUCUGCAAACCCUUCUAAAACCUGCCGGGUGAAGUGGAACACAUCUGUUGAAACGUUCCCUUGAAUAUCUGGAGCCAUGACAUUAGUGUUGUCCCUCCCAGCUUCCAAGCUCUUUUGUAUUGAAUGCCAAAGAGUCUGCAGCCCAAUCAGAGUCUGGGGGCUACAGAGGCCUGUAGCAUUCAUUGUCCUUGCCAUGGCUGCUGGGGAAUUUACAUAGUUUGAGGGGUGGGGGUGGGGUGACUCCUUUUCGUUGCUGUAAAUCAACUAUUUUCUUCCAAUAACGAGUUUGUGAUAGAUGCAGGGAAUUUGUCCCGUCCCCUUCCUCUUGUUUGCUUUUGGCAAUCAUGUUCAGUGACCUCACAUUUCCGACCUCCUCGGUCUACUCACCUAGCCAGUUUGGGAGUCAUGUUGAACAGGAAAAACAAGUGUUCGCAACAUGACUCCUAAAUGUCUUCAAAGACCAUACAGUCUUGGGAAGUUUUUCCUAGAAGAGAGUUUAAGUUGGCCCUCUUUUUGCUAAUGUCUGGACAGAUCUGAAGUGCAAUGUUGUCUGUGUUGCGUUGUGUCUAAGAGGUGUGUUAGUGGCAGACCAAGGAAGCAGCAAAGUUUUUUCCUGUGUGCUUGCUGGAGAAUCUAUUUGGGACCAAAUAUAUUUAAUGGUAACAGACAGUAUCUAGUGGGUUUUGAAUGGAGUGUGAACAAAGUCCUUUAUUGUGAUGUCCAAGCAUCCAGCUCUGUAAUCGGGGAUGGGUUUAGUUAUUCUGCACAGUGACUAAGAGUAUAUUAAAGAAAAAAAGAAAUAAGCAUUUUAAUCUGCACAGAUUAUACAUUGAAGGCCUUUGUAUCUCUCGUUUAUAAGUAAUUAAGAAAAAUAAAGGUCUUUAUCACUGCCUUUCUAUGGGGACUGCGGUUAUAUAGAUAAUCUUUACUUUUCUACACUGUACACUGGUUGCUGGAUUUACCUGUAUACUUAACCAUAUUGUAUAUGCUGCAUUUAGACUUAUGAGUAAAUGACAAAUUAAAAUAAGAUUACCCUAUACUGUAUGGUUAGUGCUCUCCACUGUGAGAGCCUCCAGUCCUGGUUGCUGUCACAAAUAAAUCUGCAAACUUUUUUAUACAAUAAGUGCCUUAGCAUGUGCCUCUGCGGUGACUCCACUAGUCAGUAAUGGAUUACCGGUGCUCCUCUAACAAUAAAGAUUGUCCAUGUG